AUGUCUAACGGUGGUGUCCGCGUAGCAAGGCUCAGUAAAUUCUUCGAUAACGUCCUGCGAGGCAAGCAGACGUUAGACACUGCAUCGCAAAACUCACAGUUUCUUGAGGCUCUAUGCCUUCAGUCAGACCCACCGGGUUGUAUCGACAAGAUCAUUGGGAGCAAGGAUGGUCUCCCAUCUUUACAAGCUGCUUUUAGGUCCGAUCUUUCUCAAUCCUUCCUCAACGGUCUUGCGACCAACACUCUGCUAUACUUGCAAACGCCCGAGAUCAAGACGAUCAGUAGUGGCCAGUUCCUCACAAAGACGUUGCAAGCCAUCGUCGACCCUCCAAUCUUCUGGAAUGCAUUCGUCAAUGCGUUCAAAGCGAAGCAGCUAUCCGAGAAGGGACAGAAGUGCUUUGUAUGGCUCUUGUUACAGCUUAUUCUCAUCCCCAGCGAUGUCGUCUCGCCUUACGUACCCCUCGCUGAGGAGUUACUAGAUCUCUUCCUGGCUUCUCCUCAUCUAGACGUACGCACCCUCGCACAAAAAGUCAAAAACAGCAUUUCCGUUGCAUCCACCCCUUCCGUUGCUAUUGCCAAAGAUGAUGUUCGUCCCGGCGGUAGACACGACAACGACUUCUCCGACUUUCGAGAGAUCGCGAUCCUUCCCACCGCCGAUGAACUUGCUUCUACGGAGGCACCCUUCCUUCGUCCCAGUGCGGCUCUCGACGAUCCUAGCACAGAGGAACACCGUGAAGCUCUGUACCUCGACAACCAGUUCAGGUUGUUGAGGGAAGAUAUGAUUCACGAGAUGCGGGAGGAACUUCAGAUCGCGUUGGGAAAACAGAAAGGAAGGAAGCAUCGCGGUAUGGUCGUGGACGGCAUGGAGAUAAUCGGGAUAAAUUUGGGCGACGACAAUCGGCGCAGCAAGUGGGCGAUCGUUUUUCGGUGCUUCACCGAUUUUCCCGAGCUUCAUAAAAUCAAAGGCCCGGCGAAGCGAAAGGCAUACCUUCAGAAGGAUAACAACAAACUGUUGAAGCACCAAUCAUUGACUAGUCUUCUCAUUGACGGGGAAGUCUUGGCGUUCCCGUCGGUGCGUCGGGACGAAGAAUUGUUGGCGAAGAAUCCUCCAGAGAUUGUCCUAGAGUUCGAAGGGGAGACUUCGGUCCGGAAUUUCUUGUUGAAGAUGAAGUCGGCGAAGCACGUUAAACUCAUUCAGAUAGAGGCUGCUGUGUUCUCAUACGAGCCGAUCUUGAAUACCUUGAAGAGGAUGAAAGUACUUCCUCUCGCGCAGGAAUUGCUGUUCUGGAAAGUUGGGAACGAACUGUCUCGGCCACCACAACCCUCUGCCCUACAGUCAGCCAUACGUUCAUUCGAGCGUAACCCGAGCCAAGACCUUCAGGCUGUGCUGUCUCUGGGGAAACCCAUCAUACUGGAUAAUGCCCAGGCUACGUCGCUGUUAUCGGGCUUGAAACAGAACGUAUCUAUCAUUCAGGGUCCUCCAGGUACGGGAAAGUCGUUUAUAGGCGCCAUCUUGGCCAAAUUCAUCCAUGACUUCUCGGACCAGAAGAUUCUCGUGGUUUGCUACACCAAUCAUGCCCUAGAUCAAUUCUUAGAAGACCUUCUCGAUAUCGGCAUUCCUAUUGGGCAUAUGGUUCGCAUAGGCGGCAAGUUCACUUCUCGGACAGAACCUAUGGUUCUCCACAAGCAACCACGUACCUUCCGUUUUGGCCGCGGUGAUUAUACCAUCAUCAAUGAACUCAAAGCUGAUAUUGCGGUCCGAGCGACCAGCUUGCCGGAGUCUUUCAAGAGGUAUCUCCAGUCUGCCAUUCGAAACGAUUCUCUAUUGGCCUACCUGGAGUUUGAGGAACAAGACUUCUAUGAUGCUUUCAAAGUUCCUCUUUCCAUGGAUGGUAUGAGCUUUGUAGGUGGAAAAGGACGGAAGGUGGACGAGUUCUACUUGUUGCAUCGGUGGAGGAUUGGCCAAGACGCGGGUAUUUUUGCGAAAACGGAGAACGUCAAGACCGCUCAAGAGAUCUGGAACAUGUCGCCAGAAACACGUCGAAGACACCUAGCCAAUUGGGAAGAAGCCAUCAGGAAGGAUGAGAUCGAGGACCUGUAUCGACUCGCUCGCACUUAUAACUGCCUCCUCGACGAACUUAAUCGCAAAUUCCGUGAACGUGACGCCUCCGUGCUCCAGAGCAAGCGGAUCAUUGGUUGUACGACAACUGCCGCAGCGAAAUAUGGUAUUGAUAUCCAAUCAGCUGCUCCCGAUGUUGUUUUGGUGGAAGAAGCAGGCGAGAUAUUGGAAAGCCACGUCGUCACAGCCCUCGGGACUGCGGCACAGCAGCUUAUUCUAAUUGGUGAUCAUAAGCAGCUUCGUCCAAAAGUGAACAACUACCAGCUAACGGUCGAAAAGGGCGAGGGAUAUGACCUUAACAUGUCUUUGUUCGAACGGCUCGUUCUUAAAGGGUACCCCCACCAGAUCCUUGUCGCUCAACACCGCAUGCGUCCUGAAAUAUCUGCCCUCAUUCGCCAUCUGACAUAUCCUGAUCUUAUCGAUGCGCCCAAGACCCAAAAUCGACCUAAUCUUCGUGGAAUCCAGGAUAAUAUUGUUUUCAUCAAUCACGGAUAUCCUGAAGACGACAACCCGAAAAUUGCUGACCGUCGCGAUUUGGGUUCUAAAUCGUCGAAGCAAAAUACAUACGAAGCAAGAAUGGUUUUGAAGACUGUCAAGUAUCUAGCACAGCAAGGAUAUGGAACGGACAAGAUGGUAGUGUUGACGCCCUAUUUAGGCCAGCUUCAUAAGCUCCAACGCGAGCUCCGAGAGGAUACAGAUCCCGUGCUCAACGAUCUCGAUUCCUACGAUCUCAUUCGCGCUGGCCUUCUCACUCCUGGUGCCGCCAAAUCAACAAAAAGAUCACUUCGCCUUGCCACGAUCGAUAACUAUCAGGGUGAAGAGAGUGACAUUGUCAUCGUAUCUCUUACUCGGAGCAACCCCAACAAUGAUAUCGGUUUCAUGUGUGCGCCGGAGCGUGUCAAUGUUUUGCUCUCUCGUGCCAGGAAUGCUCUCGUCAUGAUAGGCAACUCCGACACGUUCACCAAUGCGAAGAAGGGAAAGGAACUGUGGAAGAAGCUCUUUGAUCUACUGAAGCAGCAGAAGCACAUAUAUGAUGGCCUACCGGUUCGAUGUGAACAACAUCCCGAUCGAACGGCACUUUUGAGCACAGAACUUCAGUUUGAUACCCUCUGCCCUGACGGUGGUUGCUCGGAACCAUGUGGCGCCAAGCUAAGCUGCGGGCUACAUGUAUGUCCAUCGAAAUGCCAUCAACUCUAUGACCAUUCCAAGAUGGCUUGCCAUGAGAUCAUUCCUCUGCGGUGUCUACUCAAAGGCCAUGACCAAUCUUACAAGUGUAGCGAGAGUCCUGCUCUGGUUUGUAAAAAAUGCGAGAGGGACGCCAAAGUAGCCGAAGCCAAACGCCAGAAAGAUUUCGAGCGACAAAAGAAACGGGAUGAGGAGGAAGCAGAGCACCUUCGUCACCUCAAGGAGAUCGAAGAUAAACUCGCUGAGCAGCAACAGUUGCUGCGCGAUACGCAGGUUAAGGAAGCGAGGAAGAAUGAAAUUCGGCAGAGGAUGCAGGACUUACAGGACGCAGCUGCUCUCGCGCGAAACGUCGCUUCGAGACCUUUGAGCACUACACCUUUGAACAGCUCUCCAGGAUCCAGCGUUAUCUCUGUGACGGAUAAUUCGACCCCGACGUCAUCGGCAUCCAGGCCAUCGACCCCUGCCCAAGGUGCAAGUGGCCCAUCCCGUCCGAGUCCGGGCCCCAAGAAAGACACUCAAUCCGUUGCUAGUAAACAUCGACAUGGAGUGGCAACGUCGAAUCCUCCAGCUACCGAUCAAUCCAAGGCUGAAGCGAACUGGCAGUACCAAAAAGACGUUGAAGGCGCCAGCAAUCAAUCCAUUGAUGCAAUCAUGGAUAUGAUUGGCUUGGAAGCUGUGAAGGAGCAGAUUCUUCGCAUCAAAGCCAAAAUCGAUGUUUCCAAGCGUCAGAACACUGACAUGUCCAAGGAAAGAUUCAACAUCGUUUUUCUUGGGAACCCUGGUACUGGGAAGACGACGGUAGCACGACAUUAUGCGAAAUUCCUAGCGUCACUUCAGGUCUUGCCCGGACUGGCGUUCGAGGAGACCACGGGAUCGCGUUUAGCCAAUGACGGUGUUCAGGGUGCGAAAAAACUCAUCGAAGGUGUUAUCAAUGCUGGCGGUGGUGCUAUCUUCGUUGAUGAAGCUUAUCAACUUACUGGCGAACACAACUUUCAAGGGUCGCAAGUGCUAGACUUCCUUCUAGCAGAGAUGGAGAACAAUGUCGGUUGCAUUGUGUUCAUUCUAGCAGGAUACAACAAGCAAAUGGAGAAAUUCUUCGAACACAAUCCGGGGCUGCCAAGUCGCGUCCCGUAUCGUUUGCAGUUUGAGGAUUAUAAGGAUGAAGAGCUGUUGACAAUGCUAGAGAAGAUUUUGCAUAAGAAAUAUGCGGGAGGCCUCAAGGUCGAGGACGGAAUACGUGGCCUCUAUGGGCGUAUCGCCAUUAGGAGGCUGGGCAGAGGCAGAGGCAAGGAAGGAUUCGGAAAUGCUCGGGCACUCGAGAACAUUCUUCAAAAGAUUACCGAGCGUCAAGCUGAACGAGUGCAAAGGGAAAGGAGAGCUGGUUAUCGGCCAGAUGAUCUUUUGUUCUUGAAAGAGGAUUUGAUCGGGCCCGACCCGUCUGAAGCUAUUGUCCACAGCGAGAGCUGGACGAAGCUCAAAGGUCUCAUCGGUCUUGCAUCGGUCAAAACAUCUAUUCAAGGCCUAUACGACACAAUUCAACUGAACUAUCAACGUGAGCUACAGGAACAAGAACCUAUGCAAUUGUCGCUCAAUCGUGUCUUCCUUGGUUCGCCGGGAACGGGAAAGACAACUGUGGCGAAGCUGUAUGGAAGAAUUCUAGCUGAUCUGGGCCUUCUUAGUAAUGGAGAAGUGGUUGUCAAAAAUCCUGCCGAUUUUGUCGGGAGCGCAUUAGGUGAAUCCGAGAAGAAUACCAAGGCAAUACUUGCAACGACCGUCGGUAAAGUCUUGAUAAUCGAUGAGGCUUACGGGCUUUAUGGCGGCGGCACCACGGGGCAACAAAGCGACCCCUACAAAACUGCGGUCAUUGACACCAUCGUUGCUGAGGUCCAAAGUACUCCUGGAGAGGAUAGAUGUGUUCUUUUACUUGGCUAUAAGCAACAAAUCGUAGAGAUGUUCCAAAAUGUCAAUCCUGGCCUCAGUCGCCGCUUUGCUAUCGAGGACGCUUUCAACUUUGACGAUUUCUCCACAGAUGAACUGCGGCAAAUCUUGGAUUUCAAGCUCAAAGUUCAGAAUCUUCAAGCGACCGAAGAGGCCAAGAAGGUAGCAUUAGAAGUCCUCAACCGAGCAAAAAUUCGACCCAACUUUGGCAACGCUGGAGAGGUUGAAAACCUGCUGAGCAAGGCUAAAAUGAACUACAUGACUCGUAUUCGAGGUACACAGCCCUCCGUUGUUGACACGAUAUUCCAGCCGGCGGAUUUCGAUCCCGACUUUGAUCGAGGAAGCCAUGCAGAUGUCAAUCUCGAUGAGCUUUUCAAGGACGUCGUUGGCUGUGAUGGCAUCGUUAGCAAACUUCGCAAAUACCAGAAGACUGCAUCGGCGGGCCGCCGUAGGGGUCAAGAUGUCCGGGAUCUGAUCCCGACCAGUUUCGUGUUCAAGGGCCCACCAGGCACCGGAAAGACCACAACCGCACGAAAGAUGGGACAAGUCUAUUUCGACAUGGGCUUCUUGAGCCGUCCAGACGUCAUAGAGUGUUCCGCCUCGGAUAUCAUAGCCCAGUAUGUCGGUCAGACAGGGCCUCUGGUGCGAAAGAUGUUCGACAAAGCUCUCGGACAAGUCCUGUUCAUCGAUGAAGCAUAUCGCUUGAAGGAUGGCCAUUUUGCGAAAGAGGCGAUCGAUGAAAUCGUUGACCUCCUCACUCAGGAUCGAAUCAAAGGAAAGAUUGUUGUGAUCCUCGCAGGCUAUGACGAGGAUAUCAACCAGCUUUUAUCGGUCAAUCGAGGAUUAUCCAGUCGAUUCCCCGAAGAAAUCGUAUUCCAGAAUCUGCGGCCGGAGGAGUGUCUAGCAAUCCUGAGCAAGCAGCUGAAGAAGAAGAGUGUCGUAUUAUCGGGUUUAGAUGAUCCGGCAAGCGGGAUUUCUGUGCAGCUGGCCAGCAUAUUCGAGGCAUGGUCCCAUCUUCCAUCGUGGGGGAACGCUCGUGAUGUCAUCACAACCUCGCAGAAGAUGAUUAGUAUUGCGCUUCAGCAUUCCUCAGAUGAUGAAAAUGCGGAGCUGCUCCUAGAUCCUGCUUUCGCUGUGGUGUGUUUGCAGGAGAUGUUUACAGGCCGUCAAGACAGAAGUACCAAUCUCCCGAGUCCUUCCGCACAAUUUCCAUUUGGAGCAGCUCCGCCGGUGCAAGUUCGCGAUCCCAACACUGUCUCGCCCCCCAAUAUCAGUACUUCUUCUGGGGUCGAUGCUCGGGAUCCAGGUGUCUCUGACGCAGUAUGGAAUCAGCUUCAAAUGGACAAAGUUGCUGAGACCGAGGCGGCGAAACGACUGGAGGAGGAAAUUCGUAAAGCGGAAGAAGAGAUGGCAGAGGCAGCCAGAAAGGAAGCCGAGGAACGGGAACGCGCUCAUCAGCUCGCAUUAGCCGCUGCUCGUGAGCAAGAUUAUCUCAAACAACAGGAGCUCAAGCGACAACGCGAAGCGCAACGGCUCAAAGAGCUAAGGGCUAGAGAGGAGCGGGAACGUCGUGAGGCUGAACUGCGGGCACGAAGGGAAGCGGAAGAGAAAGCUAGAAAGGAAGAACAGAAAGCGCAGGCAAAGCUGAGGGAGAUGGGGGUAUGCGUUGCCGGAUUUUGUUGGAUCAAGCAGGACUACGGUUAUCGUUGCGCCGGAGGCUCCCAUUUUGUCUCAAAUACCGAGUUAGGAAUAUAAGCACAUAGAUGCUUCCUAGGACCGAUCGCUGUUCUUGCAAUUGAACGACGCCUAAAUAGAAUGUAUACAGGUACUUAGCACUGAUUGAGGCCGAAGAUCACUAUCGAAAGGUCCUCAACGAGAUAUGUACUGUUACUUCUAAUAUAUAAGGAUUUGCCCAGCAUCGUAUCUAUUUGGAAUUCGUAGGGCAUAA